AUGGCGCUGGUGGUGGAGCUGCUCCGGCAGGUGCUGCGGUACCUGGGCUGGCCGCCCGAGCAGGCCGUGUGUUUGGAGAGUGGUGUGUUCAGCAGCAGUGUAAGUCGAACGGUCAGAACAUGCAUUCCUUCAGCAAUCUCAUCAAGGAGGCAUUUCCAGCACUUGUAUGCCAUCAUAAGGAAGUACCAGGUCAAGGUCAUAUCUUUUUGCCAAAAGAAGGAAUAUGGAUCUACUCGAAGUAUUGUCCGUAGACUUGGGACAAUUCUUUCCUUAGAGCCCUGCCCAAGACCUUAUUUUCAACUUGUGCAAGACUUGGGUUAUGAUGAACAAAGCAUAGUUCCAGCUCCUGUAGCUCCAUCACUUGCUGAUGUCCUGUGGGUGGCAAAUGAUGAGGGACAAGCAUUUACUAGACUUAGGACUGAAUUCUGGAGAAAAGAAAAAAGUGCACCUUACUGUGGCCUUCAUCCACCCCUAGAUUCGAUACAAACUGUUCCAAAAAGCAGUACAGAAAGUGACAGUCUUGUUGGUCAAGCAGCGCUGCAGAAAAUUUCCGCGCUUGAAGAGGAGCUGACAUUCCUUCGUGCUCAGAUUGCUGCUGUUGUCUCAGCCCAGACAUUGGGAAGUGUUCCACCACAAGCCUUUAAAGCAUUCAGCACUCCGGAUGGAUUUUACCCAGUGCCAGCCAUGACUUCUACACCAUUGUCCAUCUCUCACAAUCACUUUGUAAUUCCUUCUCCUCCUCCACUUUCCUCUGGUGCACUCUCUGGUGUUGACGCUUGUAACUCGGCAAUUGAACUUAUAAAGCAACGGCGUGCUGCAAGAAGCAGUGGUUCCUCUACAGCUGAUGCUGUGGAUCACCAGAGGACAAAGAGCAUUCCUAGUAUGAUGGAUGUUUUGAAAGACCUCAACAAAGUUCAGUUGCGAGCUGUUGAGAGGUCACCUGGAGGUACUCCUCUUUCUAGACCCAAAAAGAGGCAAAGUUCAGAUUGGGAUCCAGUUGCUCUACUAACCCAUGCACUAAAGCAGAAGUUUGCACAUAAAAAUAAUGACGAAGAUGAUUCCCUGGACAAAGAAAAUAGAUCUUUUGACACCUCCUCAUUUUCUAGUCCAGAGAUGCCACUGGCUGGUCGUUGCAGUUGGAAGCCAAAUGCAAAAUCUAGCCUUAAAAGAACUGAAGAAGUUAAACCAGUAUCAGCGUGGAAAGUGGAAGCUCAUCUUUAGCUGAUGAAGACUUCUAAGGAGACUUUGUUGGGUGCGUAAGUGGUGGAUCCACUUGAAAACUGCUGUAAUGUGAUGUUUUCUAGGACACAUCUCUCCGAUGCUGUUGAAGUUUGGGUUGUAAGCUUUCUAAAAUUGCCUCUUCCCUCUCCUUAGUUUCCUAGCAUCCAAACUUGUGAAUGUGAUGUACACAACCAAAAUAAGCUUUUUGUUUGAAAUAAGUGUGUGUUAAAGAAAAAUUAUUACUGGUUUGGCAGCUGAGGUGUACGCUCUGUUUGCUUUUCAGUGUAAAUAAUGAGGAAUGUAUAACUCACUGUAUAUAAUUAAUGGCAGCUAGCACUGCUUCCUCAGAAUGGUAUAGUUGCCUCAGUUUUCUCAUUUUGCUGAUGGAACUCCAUAUGGCAUAUGCAGACAGUAUUCUAACUUAUUUUGGGUCUGUAGAUACAGUUUUAAGUUAACGAAAAUUUCCUGUGCUGUAAGUAAACUGCAGGUUGCCUGUUAAAUGCCUGUAAAAUGGAGGAGUUGUGUUCUGAGCAAAAAAAAAAAAGACCUUGUAGUCAGAGCUGCUAGCACACAGUCUAAAUGCUGUAUGUAAAUAAACAAGAACUCCCUCCUGGCUUCUCCAAAUCAAGUCUGUUUUGUUCACACGAGUUCAUAAAAUAAAAUUUUCUUUCUAUCAUAGAUGUGUAUGGUAGUGGCAUUUUGUGUUGCAAACUAACUUUUUUGUAUCUUAAGAGCUGACC